GAAUUCACUAGAAUAUGCCGGGCGCCGGCAGAAGCAAGAGACUAGGGCCUCAAUCCAGUACAUACAUUUUACAUACAUUCUUUAAUAAGAGAUUUCCUCAAUACGCACACAGUGACAACUUUAAUAGAUAAUAAAAAUACGCAUUUAAAGACUUUCUGAAGGAGAAACCAAUCUGAAGUUCUGAACGAGAUAUGGUUAAACUACAACCAUAGACAUGUACAGUACUUCUUCCACCAUGUACAGUACAGCAAGCAAGAUGUUCGGACAUACAAUUCAAGGAGGACCUAACUUUAGUACCUCGAGUAAAAUGACUUCAAGUCUGAAGAGGAGGAUCAGAACUGAGUCCUCUGAUUCUGGUUGUGAUGUUGGAUAUGAAAAUAUUGAUUUGACCUCUACGACCUCCUCUGUACUUGAUGAACAAUUGAUGUCAUGGACAGCCAGGUUAGAAAGUGUACUGCAGCAGGAGAUUAUUAGAGCACAACAAACCACAGAAGAUGCAAAAAAUUCGCUUCUUUUUGCAGAGGAUGAUGAGGGACGGGACAGUGUUCUCUCUGUCUGGAAGAAAAAAAUGCACAAUAUUAUGGAUUUUACUGUUGAUCUCAUCGAGUGCGUCAAUAUUGACACCAAGGAUCGGAUGGAGGAAGGAUCGGGAAAAUGCUCUGGGAAUGAAUCACCACUGGAAGAUGUUGAAGAAGAAGAAGACAAUGAUGAAGAGGUGGAGGAGGCAGAAUAUGCUCAAGAAAUCCGAGAGGAGAGUAAGGAUUGGUUUAAAAAUCUCCAGGUGCCAGUGUUAGUUGAGGUUAAAACCGCUAUCGGAGAUGAAUCUGAAAACAAGGUAAAGGAAAUGGAGGCGACUGCAAAGCUGAUUGAAGAAAAACUGAAAGAUAUGCAAGAGGAAGAAAUGGAGGAGGAUUUGAUAAAUAAAGUGGAGCAGGAGGGAAAGAUUGAUAGACUGGAGCAUGACUGCGAGAUGAAAAUGCAGGAGAAGGUAGCUCAGAGAAUAGAGGAAAAAAUGGAGCAGAAUUUGCUAGACUUUCUUGAAGAAAAGAAGUUACGGGAAGAAGAGAAGAAGGAAAUGAAAAAUGAGAAGUUGUUGAAUAAGCUGGAGACUAUCCUGGAGCAGGAUGUUAAAAAUAGAACUGAUUUUCUUGAACAAGAAAUUAAUUUUGAGUUGAGUACCAAGAGAAGGGAGGAGGAUGAAUUCAAGCAGAAAUUACUGGAUAUUUUUGAGAAAGAGGAGAUUGAGAAAGAAGAACUGUUAAACGAGCAAGAUCAGGAAUUGCAGAAACAGAAAGUAGUGAAGCAGAUUCUCCAGGUUCUAGAGGAAUAUGAUACCAGGACGGAGAAAUAUUAUUAUCAAGGAGAUACUCUGGUGGAACAAAGUGUUCAUGAAACACACAGAGAAGGUCUGGUAGAUGAGCUUUACGCUGACUGGAGAGUUGAGGACGGUACGCUGGGAGAUGAAGAUAAAUCUGAUCUGGUUUCAGAGGAUGUUGAUCUGUAUGGUCGAUUCCGUGUUAUGAAAGUUGAAGAUGAAUAUCUGCAAGAUGAGGCCAGGGACAUAUUUCCUCCGUCCUCCAGAGAGCUCCGGAGAAGGAGGAGAAGGGAGAGGAGAAGGAGGAGAAGGAAUAGUGUUUGGAAAGACUACCUGAACGCCUACAAGCAGCACAAGUUUAAGACUAGGAAGCAAAUUGAUGAAAUGUGCAUCAGACUUCGCAAUCAUGAAAUAAUUCAGCGGGAUAUUGUUAGAGGUCGCCAUAACUCGAUGCCAGACAUUUUCCCAUCAUUGUUUACACAAACAAUUAAAAUGUUCAGAAGCAUUUUUGAUCAAGAAGAUAUUUUUGAGGACUGGAGACAUAAUCUUAACGAACCAGAAGAAAUGGAGGACAUAUUUCAAGAUUGGAGGCAGAAUCUGAAGGAAUAUGAAGAAUCGGAGGACAUAUUUCAAGAUUGGAGGUGGAAUCUCAAAGAAUAUGAGGAAUUGGAAGACAUAUUUCAAGAUUGGAGGUGGAAUCUCAGAUCAGAAGACGACAAUUUUCCAUGUCUUCUCAGUCGAGCAUCAAGUGUUGAGAACUGGAAUCAAUUUUGGAGUAAGUUCUGGAAACUUCGAGAGGAGAACAUGCUGUUAGAGGUUGAGGUUGAACCAUCACUGGAGGCUUGUUUUGAGGACGCUUUGAUCCCUGCCGAAGACUUUCGUCCAGCAUACAACAUUCUUGAUGAUCAAGACGAUGAAGGUUAUGAAGAAGUUGCAGGGGAUCCUAAUGAUGAAGGUUACGAAGAACUGCCUGAAACUGGAUUCAGCUCAGAGGAAGAGCUCAUCAGAUUGAACACAGCGACUGUCCGUGAAUACACUGUGGGGACCUCAACUCCUAUUUCUGAGUCCAGAAAGGAUGAUUGGGGUUCUCUGAUCUGGGAUGUAUCUGGAGAUAGUGAUAUAAACUUCCAGCUUCAGGAACUAGAAGAGAAACAGGACCAAGAACUGGAAACUUUAAGACCUCAAAAUUAUGGGAAGGUGCAGGAGCCUUUAAUGGGAUGCAAGGAGGUGGAAAGGGAUGUUCAGGGGGGUUCAGAAGAGUUGGAUGAUGACCAAAGGAAGUCGUAUUUGUGUAAUGAUGAUGAAAAUAAGGAGAUCAUACUCGAACUCGUAAAUGUAGAGCCUGUUUCCAGAAAGAGAAAGAGGGAGGAGUUUGAGGAAGACAUUGAAGAAGACGACAUAAAAGCUAUACUCAACAAAAGUAUGAUCGAAAGCAAUGAGGUUUCCUGUGAUGAUCUUAUUCAUUACAUUGAUGAAGAACAGAAUAUGACUCCCUGUCUCGUUUUCUGGGAGGAUUCUCCUAGAGAUGAUAUAAACAAGGAUGAAGCACUGAUCCUGGACAAUCCUAUGGAGAAUUCCGGAGAACCUGACCUCAUUUUCUGGGAAGAUAAUUCUAGAAAUAGUUAUGUGGAUCUCAUCUCAUUCAACGAGGAUGGAAUAAACUUCAGUGAUCUAAUCAAGGAUACCAGCUAUAACAUAUUCUGUGAGAGCCCUACGUCGUCUGCUCCUCUGCAGGAGCCAGAGAGAGGCGAAUUUGAGGAUUUUGUUGAAGAGAGGAGUAAGAUGGCGAAUUGGGAAAACAAAAUGAAAGAGAAAAGAAAGAUGGCGGCUUAUAUUCCAGAUCUGCUGACUGGAGAAGAAGACUCUGCCUGUGUUUGCGAAAAUGGGAUUUUCUGGCCAGAACCAGGCAGUAAUAACCCUGAGCAUGCUUGCUGCUGGUGGGAGAAUGAUGGAAAAUGUGCACCUGAUGUCUUUAAGUCAAGGCGCACCCCAAAAAAACUCCAAACAUUGUCGCUUGACAAAAUUACUAGAGAAGAGCUCUCUGAAAACUUUGAACAAUGGCGAGAGAGUUUUCAUAAAGGGAAGAGGUUGAGGGAGAAAGGUGAAGACAUUGAUGAUAUAUUUUGGGAUAUUGAAAACUCUAAAGCAAGCAAUCUCUGCACAGAGAUAAAAAAUCUUCCAUUUUGGGAUUCUCCAGAUGUUUUUGCGGAUUCCUGUGAGCUCAUUGAAUCUGAUCGACCCUACUCGCCACCUCAUUCAUUUGCGAAAGACCCAGCAAAUAUUUUUCGAACCUGGCGAUAUUUGUUCAACGAACCUGCCCGAUACUACCGUACUACAGGGGGAAUCAGGAGUCAGGAAACUCCUUCGGGAUCAACCAAUUCAACAGAUCUUGCUAAUCCUGAAACCCUGGAGAAGUUUGAGGUGAUGAUGGAAGACCGAGGACGAAGAAGGAUAAAAGAGAAUUCUGAUAAUAAGAGAGCUCAGACCAAGAAGGAUCGGAUAAUGAUGAAGAUGAAGCUGGAGGAGGAGUUUGAUGCUGAGAUUGAUCGAGAUGAGAAAUCAAAAGAUUCAAAUACAAGCUUUGUAACUGCCAAGAUGCAAAAAAAUGAAAUCAAACCUAAGAAAGUUCGAAGAAUUGAGGAUGUAAGGCGAGAUAAACGCUCUAAAAAUCGUCCAAACUACAAAGUUGAUGACAGACAACCUCAUCGUCGAUUUUAAACAAUAAGUCGUAAGCUGAAAAGGUCAAGAUUUUUGUAAACCUAAAGAGUUGCUCUGUGUUUGGUAACGUGUUUCUUGAAUUUUUGUAAAGAUUCAAAACUUUUUUGAAAAUUAUACAUUUGUAAUACACAUGUUUAAUGUUUGUUGAGUAAUCAAAUUAAUAUACAUUCUGUAAAUAG